AUGCUGCCCUUUUAAAUGAAAUUUUUGAAGUAAUUUGAUAUAAUUAUUUAUCUAAAAUGGUGUGCGAUAUUAUACUAAAUCAUUUGGUGUUGUAUAUCUAUCUAUUAUCAAUUCAAAUAAAUUUGGAAAUUACAGUUUUUAAUGAUACCUAAAUUAGUUUUUCUUAAAAUUAUUCUAAUUUAAUAAGCUAUUCAAACAAAAUUUUUAAUCAUUUAAUUUAUCAUUUAAUUUUACCUAAAAUCUAAAUUUAAACUAGUCUUACUUCUAUUCUAAAACCUUUUUAAAUAAAUUUUAUGCUUGAUCAAAACUGUAUUAAUUUUCUUCUUUCAGAUUUCCCAUACUCAAGAUUGUGCACUCUUUUUGAGAAUCAUAUUUGAAUAGAUUAAAAGAGGGUAAAAGCUUGAUCUUAGAGAGAAUUUGAAGAUGGAUUAUAGAAUUGUGAGGAGAAUAAUGUAAGGAACUGAUUUCUUCGAGGGUGUGAAGUAGGUGUUAGUUGAAAAAAAUCAUGUUUCAUCUUGGUCAUUCAAAGAUGCCUUGACUAUUCCUCAGUCUGAAGUUGACAAAUAUUUUGCAUUCCUGGUUAUUUUUGAAAAACUAUUUAUAAAUUAAUAUAGAUAGAUUUAUAAAAAUUGUACAUUCUAAGGGGGUUGA